GUCCAUCGCGAUUUCAUUUGCGUACAUGACCUGCCUUCUUAGAUCAGCAUUUCUCCCCUCCACCUUCCCUUGUAAGCUUCCACCCUCACUUCCCUCCUCCUAAUUCACUUGUAGAAAUUAAACCUUCACUCCUUCUGAUUCACUGGGCAAUUGGGCAGCUGGUGGUGGCUUUUCGAAGAGAAGAUGAAGAAAAUUGUGGUCAAACUGAAUUUACGUGAUGGUAAGGAGAAACAGAAGGCCAUGAAGGUUGUAUCAACCCUUCAAGGGAUUGAUUCGCUCGCCAUCCAUAUGAAUGAGAGGAAAAUGACAGUGAUCGGGUCCGUCGACCCUGUGGAUGUUGUGAGCAAAUUGAGGAAAUUCUGGAAGACUGACAUUGUCUCAGUAGGGCCGGCGAAGGAGGAGAAGAAGGAAGAGCCUAAGAAAGAGGAAGCAAAGAAGGAUGAAGCAAAAGAGGAAAAGAAAGAGGAAGGCAAGAAGGAUGAGAAGAAAGAGCCCCAUGAACGAAUGAUCGAAGAGCUACUCAGCUCGUACAAUUCUCACACGAGCACCUAUUACUUCGUGCAGAGCGAAGAAGAGAAUCCAAAUUCUUGCAGCAUCAUGUGAGGAGAAGAAAGGACCUUCCAUCCUUGGAGUGAACCAAGGCUGUACAAAUUGGAGGUGUCAAUGUUGUAGAGAUUUCUAGAAAGUCUAAGUUUAAGCAACAGCAUAUGUUUAUUAGAAAAUCUAAGUUUAUAAUGGUUCCCUAAGCAAAAACAUGAUAUUCUAAGUUUAUAAUGA